AUGAACAAUCCUCACCAAAUACAGGACAAAAGAAUCUCUGAGUCUGAUAAGCAAGGAACCACCUCCUCUAGCAAAGGCACCUACAAUAAUCACAGCCUGAAAAAAAUUCAAACAUCUAAAUCAAAACUAAAGAAACUCAAGAACAACAACCCUCCCAAAACACUCCCUCAAGAGGACCACAAUUUAGCCAAAACUACCAAAUAG